CACACACAACACAGAUAUUUGUACACUAUAAAUACACACACACACACACACACACAUAUGCAUAUGUAUAAUCAUAACGUCAAAAGUUAGGUUUUCUUUUAUGUUCUCAAUUCCCACUCUGCAAUCGAGGAGCAUACAGCUUCAGAGGUGAUAUUAUGCAUCGACCAGGUGGUUUCAAUCGAUUAGAAGAGUACUAUUCUUUGAGAUAUUUCGAUCCCAAACUCUGGUGUUUUUCCCUAGGGUUUGAUUUCUUUUCCGAGUGUAGAAUUUGGAUUUCGCGUGUUAUUGUUUUGCGCUGUUGAUAAUUUUGGGGGAAAAUGGAUUGUGUGUCUCUUUUUGGACAAAGUUCGAAUUUUUAGGACUUUUUGUCGUGGGGACUGAGUUUGUUCGUGGAAGUGAUAGGUUUUCUAGGGGUCAGUAAGACAUGGAUGAUGUUCGUCAACAGUUGCAGCAGAAACCCGAGAGCACGGAGAACAACGACACCCAUUCGGAGUUUGAGAGGGGCUUAGAAGAGUUGAUGCACGGGCAUUAUGACGAGUACAUGUCCUUUGCUUCCUGCAGUUCGCCAAGAACAACUACUACCGAGGAAGAGGAGGACGAAGGGGAACAGCUCAUCAGAAGGAGGAGGAGGUCGGAUCUCGACGGUGAUGACCUGGCGGAGUCCUCUGCUGCUAGGAGGCGCCACUCGCGUAUUCUGAGCAGGUGGGCCGCCCGUCAGGCACAGGAGAUGAUUACCACGAUCGAGAGAAGGAACCGCGAGUCGGAGUUGAUGGCACUUGCUGGCUUGCACACUGUUUCGAUGCUCGAUUCAUCCUUCUUGAGGGAGUCGUCACAGUCCCCAACUUCGAGGCAUCAAGGGAAUGUCGAGAGGCCCAGCACCAGGGCCUCAUCCAUUUUGCAGAUGUGGCGGGAGCUGGAGGAUGACCAUGCACUGAACCGUGCUCGUGAGAGGGUAAGGGUGAGAUUGAGGCAUCGGAGAAGCGUGGAUUCUAAUACAAACGCGUCAGUAAAUAUGUCCGAAGGCAGGGAGGGCGAGAAUCAUGGUAGCUUGGGUGAUGCCGAGAGUGAGAAUGACUAUGCUACUUGGUCCCAUGAUCGGUUGAGCCCACAAAAUGAGAAUAGAGACCAUGAAAAUUCCAGUCGGGAGCAAUCACCUGACCUUGGAGAUGUUGAAAGGGAAAGGGUGAGGCAGAUUGUUCGUGGGUGGAUGGAGAGUGGUAUUAGUGAUACUUCAUCUAAUGUUAUGCAGAGGAAUGAGAGUCCUAGAGCUGAAUGGCUUGGGGAAACUGAGCGUGAGAGGGUGAGGAUUGUGAGGGAGUGGAUGCAAAUGACAAGUCAGCAAAGAGGGUCUCGUGCUGCACGGAGGGGAGAGCAGAAUAAUGAACCUGAGGUUCAAGUUGACCGUGCUCGUGAAGGGUCGCCCACUGACCAUGAUGAAGCUCAGCCAGAGCAUAUACGCAGGGACAUGUUGAGGUUACGAGGACGACAAGCUCUGCUUGACUUGCUCGUAAGGGCUGAAAGGGAAAGGCAAGGAGAACUUCAGGGUUUGCUGGAACACCGCGCCGUUUCUGAUUUUGCACAUCGCAACCGCAUUCAGUCACUACUUAGAGGCCGGUUCCUAAGAAAUGAGAGGCCUGUUGAGGAAGAGAGACCACCAUCAGUGGCAGCUGGUGAGUUAAAUCAGUUAAGACAGCGUCACACGGUCUCUGGUUUGAGGGAAGGCUUCCGCUUCAGAUUGGAAACUAUCGUUCGUGGCCAGGUAAGCAGCCACCCUGAGAACUCAUCCAACAGUGGCAACAGUGGUCCUAGCAAUGAUCAGAGUAAUACAAAUGCUUCGCAAGAGGUGCAACAUGGGAAUCAUGAAAUCGGUGUUCAAUUACCAGAUCGCACGGCGAAUAUAGACGAAACCAUGGCUACCCAAAGUUCAAAUCAAUACGUUGCACCUGAUCAAGAAAGCAAUUGGCAGGGACAAGUUACUGAAGAUGAGAGAGCAGACCUACAACAGUCACCAGAUGGCACAGAACAGACUUGGCAGGAAAAUGUAGCACCUGCUUGGCCCUCAGAAACAGUGGUUAUCGAGGAUGCACCGCAACAUCGUCUACAACAACAAGCCCAUGAGGUUUGGCACGAGGAUGGCUCACGAGAAGCUGUUGACAAUUGGUCUGAAGGGCCUUCAGACCCUCCAAGAAUGCGUCGAUCAGUUCCUCAUAGGAGAGCCACCCGAUUCCACCCACCAGAUGACGAUAAUGUGUACAGCAUGGAACUCAGGGAGCUAUUGAGCAGGAGGAGCGUUUCGAAUCUUCUUCGUAGUGGUUUCCGUGAAAGCCUGGAUCACUUGAUUCAAUCGUAUGUGGAGAGGCGAGGGAGGGAUUCUAUUGAUUGGGAUCUCCACAGGAACUUGCCUAUUCCACCGUCACCUGGGAGGGAACAGGACCAACAGAACGAUGAGCAGAAUGAGGAACAACGUAAUGCUAAUGGUAGACCUUCGUUAGUGUUGCCUACUCCUCCAGUACCUCCACCACAACCCCUUUGGCAUCAGGAUCUGCACCACUCUGGGUGGUCACGUCACAGUGGACAUCGCUCGGAACUUCAGGAUUGGGAGAUGGUUAGCGAUCUCCGAGCAGAUGUGGCGAAACUUCAGCAAGGUAUGAAUCACAUGCAGAGAAUGCUAGAAGCCUGCAUGGACAUGCAACUCGAACUCCAACGAUCUGUUAGACAGGAAGUUUCUGCUGCUCUCAAUCGAUCAACUGGUGGACAAGUUGUAGCUGAGACAUCGGAAGAUGGGUCUAAAUGGGGUCAUGUUAGAAAAGGAACCUGCUGUGUUUGUUGUGAUAAUCAAAUUGAUGCCCUUUUGUACAGAUGUGGGCAUAUGUGCACAUGUUCAAAAUGUGCAAAUGAGUUGGUACGUGGAGGGGGAAAGUGUCCAUUGUGCCGGGCGCCCAUUGUUGAGGUGAUUAGAGCAUAUUCCAUACUGUGAAAAAAGAAGAUAUGUAGAGAAGAAGAAGAAGAUAAAAAUAAGUAAACGCAGUUUAAAACUACUGUCGAGGUAAGAUAGUGUGGAGCUGUCGACUUUCUGUCUCGUCUGAAUCUCCCUCCGUCUUAUCUGUAGAUUUGUUUAGUCUAUCGUUAUUUUCAUGGUUAUAUAUUAAAUAUAAUAUAUAUAUGGGGACACAUUGCAUUGUAUUAAUCGGACAACGAUUCAUCACUAAUUGCUUCCGAUAUAUAUACAUCAAUUCUUUUCAAGAGGAAAUAUAGCAAAAGAUCGCCCUUCUUUGUA